CUUGUCACCGGAUCCUCUUAUUUCGCCUUAUUUUCAUCCAUAUUACAGGUCUUCGAGGUGUAUGCCGCUUACACCGCCAACGCCACCAACGCCGCUUGCCGGCGGACCCUCACCGGCGCCACGCCGGAAGGCGACCCAUAGUCUGUAUGGGAUGCAAGUGCGCGCUUUCGUGGAGGCGGCGGAGGUCGUUGACGCGGAUCCCGAAGUAAUAGAGGACAUCCUCGACGGAUUCCUAUUGGAUGAUUCGUCCGAUGAUGCGGAAGACGAGGACGCGGACGUCGACGUCGAAGGCGGACCCGGCCCGGGGACCACGGUCCGGGACGAAGAAAGCGACAUCGAGGACGACCCCGAGCAGGACGAGUUCGCUGCGUACCUUGAGGAAGCGCAAACCGCAUGGACGGCACAAGAGGUGAAGGAGAUGAAGUAUCUCCUAAAAGAACAUGGCAUGGCCGCUUUUGUAAACGAGUAUGUGAUCCAGCGGACGAUUCCGAUACCGAAGUUGUUGUACGCCUUCGGUGUCUGCCUCUGCAAAGAGCUACGUAUGAAGCAGCGCCGGACGCUCAUGUACUUCCUGCGCGUAGCGCUCUCUAGAGAAUUGGAAUCGCGUGAGCGGUUGCUAACGUACAACACGAUCGACGACGUGGUCAAUCUGAUCAAAGCGUCAAAACGAAUCCUCAUACUGACUGGCGCUGGGAUAAGUGUCUCCUGUGGUAUUCCGGACUUCCGGUCGAGAAACGGGCUGUACGCCUCCCUACAGGAGAACGGUGAAUACGACCUCGACGAUCCGCAACAGAUGUUUGACAUCCAGUACUUCCGCGAGAACCCAGCUGUAUUCUAUUCAUUUGCGAGUAAAAUAUACCCCUCGAACUUUAUACCCUCUCCCUGUCACCGAUUCAUCAAGCUGAUAGAAGACAACGGCAAGCUGCUGCGUAACUACACACAAAAUAUAGACACACUGGAAACGCUGGCUGGCGUCCAGCGCGUCGUCCAGUGCCACGGCUCCUUCGCCACCGCCUCUUGCAUCAACUGCAAAGUGCGCGUUCCGGGAAGUGAGAUUGCGGACGACAUCAUGAAUCAGCGCGUGCCCGUCUGCAAAGUCUGCAACGUCCCGCAGCCGCCAUUGGGCGCGACGAAGGGCAAGAAGAAGGGCAAGAAACGGAAAGACGGGUGGGAUAGCGAUGCUUCCGACGAGCCGGAGCCUCCGCUAUACCCACCCGGGAUCAUGAAGCCUGAUAUAACAUUCUUUGGGGAGAAACUGGACGAUGUAUUCGACCGAUCGUUGUUGGAGGACCGGGGAAAAGUCGACCUGCUCAUCAUCAUCGGCACGUCGCUCAAAGUGUCACCUGUUUCUGAUACAAUCUCCCACUUGCCGCACUCCGUACCACAAAUCCUUAUCAACAAGACGCCUGUAAGACACAUUAACCCAGAUGUGGUCCUACUCGGGAACGCCGACGACAUCAUCCUCCAUCUCUGUCAGAAAUUAGGCUGGGAUCUCCCGGAACCACCCCUUCCGACUACCUCGACGCAUGGUGGCAGCAAUAGUGGCAGCAAUAGCAGGCUCAAUGCCCCAACGCCGAAUUUGAGGAAACGGCCUUCAGCGGAAUUCGAGAAAGAGCCUCGUCGGGUUGGCAAUAGUCAUGUAUGGCUAUUUGAGGGUGCGGAAGGCGGUAAAUGGGUCGAGGAGAUCGAGCGCAAGUAUCAGCAAACAGCCUCCGAGAGCACGUCUGCGGCGCCUACUCCGCUGUCGAGCCCACCAGCGUCCGAGGUCGGGGACACCCGUCAAAUGAAGAAAGCCAGGGUCCACUGAAAACCGACGAAUAGGGCGAGGUCUCCGAAUUUUGAUCACCACCGCCGGAGACGCAGCCGGAACGCGUUCUUCGACUGGGGCGACUUCGCGUCCAAAUAGUCCUCAUAGAAGCCGACGAUGAAUUCUUCCGCCUUGAAUCCGAAGCGGUUGUAUAAAAGCUGUCCAGGACUGCGAGUCAGAUAUUGCGCACAAGACUCAAGCGUAAAUUGAGGAUAUGAGGCACGAACCAUUGCUGGGUUGUUGAUAGAGACGUGCAGGGUGAUAUCUUUAUGUGGAUUUAAACUAAUGAGGUGGUAGAGCAUAGAAGUCGCGAUCUGGGAAUUGUCCCAACCAGAGCGAACUGCCAGGUAUGUGAUAUACGUCUCCUGUGGCGAGCUGAGAAACGCAGCCCCAACGAUGAGUUGCUUGUACAUCGCUACAAUGGUACACUUCUCUGGCGUAUAGUCCAGGCUGUCGGUCACAUCGAUGCCUUCCCAGAACACUCUUCCCAACAGAUCAUGAACCUGGUCAAGGUGGCAGCGCUGUAGAGUGCUGUAUACCACGGGAGCUACGCUCUCUGCCGCUUGCUCUCGCUCGGGAUGUGCAAGACUGUAAUGCUCUCGUAUAUCAGUCAUAAGUUCCAUCCAUGGUGUGCGGGUCUCCCAGUCGACGGCAAUGGCGUUGAUUUGGUGGUCGAGAUUGAACCCUUGCAGUCGAGAAAGGAACGAGCUUUCAUAAGGAGUGCUCCGAAUCGCGUAGAGCGCAUCGAGAACUUCAGGAUUGACCGUUGAAAUCGUGCGUGACGAGCGCAAGGGUGUGAGUGACCCAGACGCCAUAUAUGAGGGGGUGCGCUCCAGAAUCACGCGGCGUAAGGGCCUCGACUGGGUUCUAGACUUGGCGUGCAUGAUGCAAGCAAGCACAGAGUCCGGCAUUUCCGCAUUGAUUGACUCGUGGAGCUGCACUGCCUUGGACCUUGGCAAAAAGUAGUAGAAAGUUGGCAAUGACGAGUUCUUCUCAUCGUCUUGUCCUUCCCGCUCAAAAAAGGCGCUUUCUGCCUGGAGUAGUCCCGGAAGUAGAAGUUCGAUGACCUCAUCGAAAGAAUCCCGCCUGUCUGCUUCGUUUGCCCAAUCUUGUGCAGUUUGCUCGUGCAAGGCUUGCAGAAGAGGGUCGAGUGACCACUGCGGUAGCGUCGAUUCCUCGACUUUGAUGGCUACUGCCUUUGCGCGUCUGGUCUGGAUGACUUUUCGUCGUUUGCUCUUGCGCGUCGCACGCGCGUCUCUGUACUCGUCAUCCUCAGAACUUUUCCACUCAGCGUCGGAUAUCAUGUUAAU